AAUGACAUCCCAGUUUUUUCAGACAUCGAGUACUGGAGAUAGAAUAAAAGAUGAUACAAUCAGAAAGGAACGACCCUACAAGAUCUUUUUCAAAGAUCUCUUCCUUUUCAAAGAAAAUGAGGUGGCCGCGAAGAAAAAGGAAAGACUCAUGAGCCGCAACAUGAAAAUCCACCAGAAGACGACGUUUUCAUCUCGCAUGAAGAGCCGCUCGCACCUCAGCCAGCUGACGUUCUACGCGGAAGGAGGCGGCGGCUCCUAUGAAGACCUGGGGCUAGACCCCACUCUUAUUCUCAGACUGACAGAAGGCGCGGACAGAAAGAGGACUGUGCACGAGUUUAUUAAUGACCAGAGAGACAGAUUUCUACUGGAGUAUGCAGUGUCAACCAAGAGAAACACAAUUCAAAGGUUUGAAAAGCUCAUAGCCAUGAAGGAAAAUCAACUCAGGAAAGCCGAGAAAAAGCUCCAAGCUGACGCCAUAGCCUUUGAAGAGUUCCUCCGUGAAAAUGACCAGAGAUCUGUAGACGCUCUUAAAAUGGCAGCACAGGAAACAAUAAACAAACUCCAUAUGACAACGGAGCUCAAGAAAGCAAGCAUGGAAGUCCAGGCGGUAAAGAGGGCUCUCUCAGUUGUAGAUGCAGAAGUAGAGGAGUUAGCUGAAAAGAAGAAAAACAAUGUCAGGAGACGGGAACAGAAGAAAUCUGCUUUUGGCCCAGGCGUGAAGAAAUCCUCCAUGUUCUUCAAUCGGGAUGAAAGCAUGGGCUCGGAGGACAGUCUGGAGUUCUUUCUAGAGGACGAGACGCUGGAGUUCGAUCUGAUGCCUGAGAUCUACUUCAAGGAGCCAGAAGAGUUGCUCCAGGUCCUCACCGAGCUGGAGGAACAGAAUCUCACCUUGGUCCAGUAUUCCCAGGAUGUGGAUGAGAAUCUCGAAGAUGUCAACAAGAGAGAGAGGUUUAUACAGGAUAAGAUAAACAACAACAUUGCAUUCCUGCUGGAGCACAAGAAGGUGCUCAAGACCAAUUGUGAGCUAGAAGAGGAAAAGGCAGCAGAACUGGAGCUGAGGUCCAGGCUCUUCAGUUUUGGAGAAUUCAAUUCGGAUACUCAGGAUGCUAUCUUUCCUCUCCCGAGUUACUUUAUCUACCAGCUCAAGAGACUGCAACUUCAAGUAAAAGAGCGCAGUGGCGAGGAAAGGCUGAUAGACUCGCUUAGUAAAAAGAUUAAUCAAGUCUACAGAGUCUGCAUCGGAGAUGCUGAGGUCGGCAGCCUGAACGCAGUUCAAAAGCUGGUCAAAGUCGAGUCUCGCCUGGUGGAGCUGAGUGACCUCAUCGAAUCUAUUCCCAAAGAAAAUGUAGAAGCCAUUGAAAGGAUCAAACAGAAGGAGCGACGGCAAAAGCUGCGUGAAGAGAAGAUGAGAGAAAAGCAAAGACACCAGGAGGAGCGGCUAAGAGCUGCUCUGGAAAGAGCAGUAGCACAGCCCAAGAAGAAGCUGGGAAGACGACUGGUCUACCGUUCGAAACCUCAAUCUGAUAGUAAACAGGAGUUAGUUUUAAUUGGCGAUACAAGAACAAAAACACAGGAGGAAGAGUAUUUUUUUAGUUGAACAGGAGCAUGAAGACAUUUAAUUAGCAAAUGUUUUUUAUACGAUGUUGGCGUUCAGUGAUGCAAGGCUGAAGUUUACAGGAGUAGGCAUGGCAACAGUUUUUUGCCAAGCCACUACUCAGUGCCAUCAUCCAUGAGCUAAGAAAUACUGUACUUUAGGUUGUCCCCUUUGGAGACACAUCCAAAGGACUUUAUUGAUAGAAUUAUAGGAAGCAUGAUUUAUAGCAGAAUGACCUCCCUCCCUCAAAGCAUGAGAAUUUUAGUCAUAUUUUCUAAAGCAAUAAGGAAGUUCAUUGCUACGAAUGAACAUUUUAACAAUGUGCUAUUCUGAAAACAACUGGACAGGCUUAAAAUGUACAAACCUAUAGACUAUGGCCUCAGACCACGAGACUGGUUAUCUCACAGUAAGCUCUGACAACUUUAAGUGAACAAACCACACACCUUUAGCUUGAAUGUCGGUUUGUGAUAUGCUCUAUCUCCGUAAUUAUUUCAGUUUUCAUGUUUUGACAAUAUGUACAUUAGUCUAUAUUGAUAUGUAAUUUAUUAAUACAAUAAAUAUAAAUACUAAGGAAAUGUUUAAGCAUGUUAAAGUGGUUUGAAAACCUUAAAGACACAGCUAAGUCUCAGUACAAUUACCAUGGCUGAAACUCACCUUCAGAAAAGUUCUAAAGCACAAACUUAUUUAUCCU